GUAGAAUAGAAUAGAGCAUGCAUAGUACACAUGGCAUACACUGUAGUGCAAGGUUCAUUGUGUUUGGUGUGUGGUGCCACUUUUUCCAACCACAUGAAGUAGACUAGUGGGUGGUUCACAACACAACAUGUCCUCCUCAUGGGGCUCCACAUGUGAACAGACUCGGAGUGAUGUCUCCCAUUGUGCAUGUACAUCAGUAUGCAUGCGAACAAGUACAUUGUGCACAUGGAGCAGUGUGUGCAAAAAGCACAGGCAUGACAGUAUGUAUGACCAUUGUUAUACACCUGAUCGAUUUGAAGAUGACCAUAAACUCAUGGCGUCCAAGGUGGUCCACGUCAGGGGAUUGAGCGACAGGGUGACCGAUGGGGACCUCGUGGAGGCACUGCAGUUCUUUGGACCCAUCAGCUUUGUGUACACCAUGGCGGGCAAAGGCCAGGCCCUGGUAGAGUUUGAAGACAUGGAGGCGUCUACCGGCUGCGUGGAAUACACCCAGAAUCAUCCGGAGAACGUGAUUAAUGUAGCUGGUUCCCCGGCGAUGAUUAACUUCUCUACCAGUAAGAGGAUCAAGAGACCAGGAGAGAAUGCCCCUGAUAUGCCAGAGGAGACACCCAACAGAGUCAUCUUGCUGACGGUGCAUAAUCCAUUCUACAGCAUCAACACGGAUGUGAUACAUACCAUCUGCAAGGGAUACGGUGACGUCCUUCGUAUCGUCAUCUUCAGAAAGAAUGGAAUCCAGUCCAUGGUGGAGUUUGACACCAUUGAGUCGGCAACCAAAGCUAAGAAGGCACUUCAGGGAUGUGAUAUCUACUCUGGCUGCUGUACACUCAGGGUAGAGUUUGCAAGGACUCAGACCCUCACAGUUUACAAGAAUGACCACGAGACCUACGACUACACCAACGCUAGUCUGGCGCCCCCAAGUCGUGGAGCAGCCCUUCUUGAUGACCCACCGCCGUCUACCUACAAUGGACCGACAAAAGCCAACAUCAGGAGAGGGGGUGGAGGUAACCCUCGUUUCGAUUCUCGCGGUGGACCUCACGGUGGUGGUGGUGGUGGCCCAAUGCGCGGCCCGCCCCCGCCCCAGCACUACCAGGAUCCCCAGCAGGGGGGCUACGGCCCACCCCACGGUGGUGGCGGUGGCGGUGGGGGCCGCGGAGGCGGAGGAGGUUACCAGGACCAUGGCGAGUACCCCCAGCAGUAUAACCACAUGCAGGACCAGCAGGCCUUGCAGCCGCUCCCUCCUAAUGCACCAUCCCACAGCGGCAUCGUUAUGGUGUAUAACAUCAACCUGGACAAGAUGAACUGCGAGAAGCUCUUCAAUCUCAUGUGCCCCUUUGGAAAUAUCUUCAAGAUAAAAUUCAUGAAGUCCAAACCAGGGACCGUGCUGGUUGACAUGGGAGAACCCUACGCCGUGAGUAGAGCCAUCACCAACCUGAGUAACAUUGAAUUCUUCUGCAUGACCAUACAGCUUGGGUACUCUAACCAGACGUUUCUGAAUCCACCCCCGGGUACAUGGAACCUUCCAGACGGCUCCCCAUCCUACAUGGAUUACUCCAAGAGCAGAAAUAACCGGUUCAUGAACAAAGAGGCCGCCGCCAAGAAUCGUCUUCAGCGCCCAUCCCAUGUCUUGCAUUUCUACAAUGCGCAUCCAGAGAGCACAGCUGAGACCAUCAAGCAGAUCUUCAUCAACGCUGGAGCUCCUGAGCCAAUUGGAAUCAAGAUGUUUGAAUCCAAAUCUGACCGCAGCGUGACCGGUUUGUCUGAGUGGGAAAACAGAGCCUCCGCUAUGGAGUCCAUGAUUCUUGCUAAUCAUACCAACAUGGAAAACCCAGGUGGGAAGUACCCCUACACUUUCAAGCUGUGUUUCUCCAAUGCUCCCCAUGCGACGUAAGCCCAAGGGACUGCACAUUUGCCAUCACCAGUCUUUGUGUUUUUGUCUUUUACCCAAAGUUGAACGUUUCAUGAUGUUGUAAAUUCUCGAGGGCCUUCAAUAGGAUAGGUAGCAUUUUAACCGAUUAGAGACCACAGCGACCUAAAGGGUCAACUGAGCUCAAAAGUACAGUUUAUUUGUAGGAAUGUCGCUAACCGUAAUACAUAGGUCAAGCCUCUCCAUAUAUGUACGAAAAUCUUCAAUUUGAUAUUUAUUUGCUUUGCGGUAACAACAUGUGUGUAUCUACUUGCCAGGAAGAGUUUGUACUUAGAGAAGACUUUGGGAGGCUUCCCAGUCCUGAAAAGAACUGUCCUGCUUUUUAUUUAGUACCCGGGAAGGUAUAGCAAAUUAGCAGGGACUACUUCUUUUAGCUUAUAUGAUCGAAAUUAACUGCACUAACGCUGAGUGAGUUCUUGAAUUGGUCUCAACGUUAAUUAGCCUACUCUAGUCAUCUUCAAUUUGGUCAUGCGCAUUUGCUGACUUAUCGGUGUAGAGAUGAUGAGUGCCUCCAUUGAUGGAGAUGUGCAAUCAGUGACGCGGGUGUACGUGCUUUGAAUAGACUACAGAUUGUGUCCAUGAUCAAUGAUGUUAGUGAUAUUGAAUGGUCUGAUGGAAGGAGGGUUGACUGUACAUUACUGUGUAUAGAUACAUUCAUAUAGUAUCAUAUUGCAGGUGGACUAGGGUAUUGAAAACCACAUUGGAUGGUAUUGAAUGGUCACACAGUAGGAGGGUUAAUGAGACAUUGUUGAGAGUGGAACCAAUCAUCUCUUGUCAGAGACUCGAACUAUAGGCACUGCUGCAUCAUCUCUCAUUCAUUAUGCAAAAGCCGUUGUAAUAACAAUACAGUGAAGUUAAACCUUGGCCAUUAACGACACCCUUAGUGGUUGUUAAAUUCAUGAGUAUGAAGAACUUCCAGAAAAUUGUUCUAUGAGCGCUAGCCAUACCUUCUCAAAAAGUCCUUCUGACGGAAAAAUAUACUUCAUUGCCAAAUAUGUCAAUUCUGCCAUAUUGAGCUUUUGUGUACUCUUUUUAGGAAACUUCUUUGUGAACUAUGUGUUUACGAGACUUUGUUUACUCUGUGUUUUCUUUUUUUUUUACCUUGUUUGAUCGGUGCUCUGUGUUCACUCUGUGUCUGCUCUGUGCUCACUCUGCGGUCAUUCCUUCCAUGUACUCUGUGUUUGCUAUGUGUUUGUUAUGUGUUCGCUCUGUGUUGGUUAUGUGUUCGCUCUGUGUUCUUGCUCUGUUUGGUCUGUGUUUACUCUGUGUCUACUCUACUUUGUAUAAAAAUCUUGUUCUUUGAUGUUUUUAUCGUUUGUAGACGAUUUUUAUUUCAUUUAAACAAUCAUACUGAAGGUUUAGGUUUCUCAAACUGGUUAAGUAUAAAACAAGAAAACUGCCAUUAUUUUGUUUAAGUGAUACUGUAUAUUGUACUAGAAAAGGGAUACAUUUGACCUUGAAAUAGUUCACUCUACAAAAAAUAACAUUGAGGAAAGGUAACGCCUAUGUUGCUUUCUCAACCUUUGUUAAUUCACAAUAGUAUAAUUAUUUUAUGACCAUCAGAGAUCAUUAGUAUUCCUCAGUAAUUAUAUUCCCCACCCAUCAUUGUCUGCAGCUUAAUUGUUAUAAAACAAUGGGUAGCUAAUUAUCUGUCUUGUUGGUUGUGCAGUGAUGUGGAAGGUUAUUGAGCAAUUAGGCUUAACCACACAAUCAUGUGGAAUUAAUGGUAGGAUAUAAUUAGCAAUGUCCACAAGAAAUUGUCCUUGUAAUAUUCACAGAAAGACAAACUUGGGGGAAUUUGCGGUUAUUGCAACCCAUUACGGGAAUGAGAAGUUUCAACGGAAAUUCUGAAUUCAAAAUUGUGUGAUGGCCUUUUUGAAACCACUGUAUGCUAUUUGGCGUCAGCCUGCAUGGUUGAGGCCCGGCCCAAUGAGGAAAGUGUUCGUUGUAUCUGACAGGGUAAAAGCCUGAGACCAAGCCAAGCUGUUGUUUCGAAAACGACAUGUGUCUUUCUGUGAAGAAAAUGUAAUAUUCACAAGAAAUUAUAGUGGAAAGACAACCUCGUGGGAAUUUGCAGUAAUUGCAACCCAUUACGAGAAUGAGAAGUUUUACGUUUUUUUCCUUUAUGAAUUCAGAGAUAACUAAUGGCCUUUUCAAAACCACUGAUUAUUAUUGGGCGCCAUCCUGCAUAGUUGAGGCCCGGCCCCAUGGGGAAAGCGUACGUUUUCUAAGUAUCCGACUGGGUAAAAGCCUGAGGCCAAGCCAAGCCGUUGGUUUGAAAACGGUCUGUGUCUUUCUUAG